AUGAUUUUCAAGGAUCAGCUUACAGCUGUCAGUUUCCGAAUUUUGUUGACUUCCAUGAACUUAUUCCCUUACUACACCAUAGUAUCACCAACUCUGUUAUGGUUUAUAAUUCGAUGGUCACGACGAAUCAAUGCUGAAAAAAUGGUUACGAUGGUGAAGAAGAAAAGCGAAGCUGAAAACGAUAUCUAUUUCCGUACUUAUGAAGAAAUGUGGGGUCACCGCCGGUGA